AUGGCAGAAACGUCGCACAAUCCUUAUCCGCGAUCUCCCAAUCCUUCGACCAGGUCAUACGACUCGUCGUCUGUCUCAUCUGCAACAUCGCCCCGACCUCCAUCGAGGUACCUUGGAAGCAUGCUGAACGCAGCGGGAAGACCAAACCCGACACCACCUCAGCCCCUGGGUAUCCCGACUUUGCCUCCCGUGAACCAGGGCUUUCCGCCUUAUGCGCCUAUGCCGCCAACGUCCAUCAUGGGCCGUGAAUCGGUUGCUUCUACCGACUCUCUAGUAAGUAGUCAAGGCCUCGGGGGCUCUCAACUGUCGGGCGCUUCAGGCGUGCAAGGGCAAAAGAGGGCUUAUCGUCAAAGACGGAAAGAUCCCAGCUGCGACGCCUGUCGAGAGAGAAAAGUCAAGUGUGAUGCGACUGAGACGACGAGUUGCUCUGAAUGCUCCAGUCGAAAUGUCAAAUGCCAGUUCACCAAGGAAACAAAUCGGAGAAUGUCGUCUAUUAAACAGGUGCAGGAUCUGGAGAAACAGAUCGAAAAGGUCCGGCGCGACAACAACAACCUCCGUCGGCUGCUGCAGGAGAGAGAUGGCUCCAUGGAUAUUGAUGUCGAAUCAAGAGAGCGAUCAUCUUCCCAGAUGCCGCCUCCCAUCGAGACUGAGAGCAGAUCACGCAAGAGGCCUCAACCAGUCCCCGACCUUGCUCUGGCGAGAACGAACUUGCGAAGCUUCUCGAAAGGCGUUUGGAAACCUCCGGCGCAGCACCGCCUGCCAGCACCAGCUGUGUUUGACGCUCCUACGCCGGAUUUGCCCUCCCGUCAGAUUGCUGACCAGCUGCUAAACACGUAUUAUGGUUCGGCGCACACGAUGUUUCCCAUCAUCCAUUUACCUACGUUCAAAUCCAUGGUUGAUGAUUUGUACAGAGCAAGCCCACCCCGCAUGCCACCGGGGUUCUUGUGUUUAUUUUUCGCCGUUUUGGCGACUGGCAGCUUGUUUACAAGCGAAUUGCCUGCGACUCCUGUUACCUUUUACCGACCUGCCGAGCUAUUGGAAUCCGCACGCAAAGCAAUAGAUCCUUGGUGCAAUCAUCACACCCUCGAUGACGCCAGAGCUCUUAUCCUCAUAACAAUCUGCCUCAACGAAAUGAAUCUGAAAUCUGCGGCGUGGAACUGGCUGGGCAAUGCUGUGCGUGUUGGUCAGGAUCUAGGCCUGUAUUUCGAUUCGGAAACCUGGCCCGUGAUUGAAGGAGAAAUGCGACGUAGAACUUGGUGGGCGAUUUACAUUUUAGACAGGGUUUUGGCCACCGAGAUGGGCCAUCCGUUUCUUAUUGAUGAUGCAGACUGCAGCGUGGAUUUGCCAGCUGCUGUGGACGACCAAUACAUCCGAGAUGACGGAAUGAGAGUUCCCACCGGGGCCGAGCCACUUACUCAUUCUCUUCUAGCUGUUAUUCAUGUUGUGCGGUCCUACACGUCCAUCGUGAAAGCGACUGAUACUCCCACAAUACCGCUUGUACAACUUACCAAUUUUGAUGCGCAUUUCAAGAAGUGCCUCAACACUUUCCCUCCAGCUUGCGAUCCGGCGAGCACAGUGGCUUUGGCGCCUCACUUCUUGGCACCUCUUACUUAUUUGUUCCACGCACGGCUGCUUCUCCACCGUCAUAACCUGAAUCCCAACUGCGAUGUCGAUACCCGCCUUGCCGCUAUUGAAAGCUGUAUGCACAUUGCGAUUGAGACUGCGUCACUGAUUAACCGAACGGGCUCUCCUGCUGAUGGAGCCACCGCUCUUCUAACAUCUCACGUCUUUCGCUCUACUCUAUUUUUGUUAUUGACGGGAUAUCUGGACCAUGCUAUCACCUGCAUUCGAGCUUUGGCGGCUAUAGAUGCCAGACGCGAUAUUACCACUGCCUGUGGGAGAUACCUUUCGUUUUUCGCCUCUACUUUGAGUGUCAAGCGAGCCGAGUAUUCGAGCCAUAUAGCAAGAACAACCUCACCCCAUGCCUUUUCCUCUGCAAGAUCUCCGGUUGAUCCAUCAACCCUUUUGGUUUCGCUGGCUAGAGACGAAGAGCUGAUAGCAUAUGUCUCCGCCGACCUUCAUGCUUCACCUUCAAGAUCUUGGGUUUGGAACGAAGGGCACGAUCGCGAUUAUCCGCCCCCCAAGACUGAUAGCGUUCCAUCUGGAGGGCUUGGACACGCCCUUUUUAGUUCAGUAAUGAGAACUGGGCUGAGUGACGAAGAGCGCAGGGAUUGGGGAGGAUGGUCUCAGCUGGAAACGGCGGUUCGAGCAUUAGGAACGACUGCUCAUGCCAUGAGCAACUGGGCAACUCUCCCGCCUCCUCAGGUGAAGAGAGAAUCCCCAGCACCAAGCAUGCCUGCUAUGCAGCGGCUAUCAGAUGCCCCUCGAUAUACUUCAGAAGUGCCAAAGUAUGGUAACGAACCAUCGAGACCGACUGCCAGUCCAGCAGGCAGAGACAGACUAAGCAUUGCGAACAUCAUAUGA